AUGACCGGCCGAGACCUUCCGGACCUGGUCCGCGGCACGCGUUCCGCGCCACCUUCUCCGCGCUCCCUUUCGCGGCCAGCAGUAGAAAGGGCCGAAAGCCACAGCCCUGGCGCGCCAACAAUUCAUCAACUGCACGAGAGAUUGAAAGCUGUUGAAGAAUCUCUCAGGAAUCAAAAUGACCAGCCCGGCAUUAGAGCGACGUCAAUUUCCACACCAAAUACGAUUCCGACCAUUGAGGAUGAUGCAGUCUCGCACCACUGCCUGUGGGAAGACCAUCACGUCUCGUAUGAGGGCGAAUCCUCGUUCAGGCAACAGACUUUACUUGCGAGUCAAAUAGAGGAGCUACGACUUGAAGAGGCUCAGACUCCGGGCGUGAUUGACGAGCUCGCAACGUUGCGGGGGAUUUGCCAACGACAAGAGACGCCCGUGGAAUCACGAUCGAACCGGAAGAUUCGCCAGCCUCAUUCUACCAAGGGGGCAGAAUUACAACUUCCACCAUCCGAGUUUGUGAUUCGUCUUCUCCGAACUGUGAGCCCCCUGCCCCCAGUCGGCAGAGUUGCUAAGCUGUCUUGCAAAGCAGACCAUUCUAUUUUGUUUCUAUUCUACGCAGUCGAGAAUCGCAUUCAAGUCGAGGAACUAUGUCGAAGGGUUUAUUUCUCCGUAGAGCCGGUGACCAUUGGAGAAGUCAACUUGCUAAAUGGCUUCUUAUCGGUGCUCCUGAGAGACAUUGAUUUCGAGUCGAAUCCCGAGUUCAGUGCAGAAGAAGCAAACCGGUUAUACAACAUGUGCUACUCCAACUUCAAAGCGGGAGUUGAGACGUACGAAGUAAUGGCGGUGCCUACAUUCGAGCACACUCUCAUAUUAUCUAUGGCGUGUCUAAAGGCGCAACAGGAUGGUAACUUGCCGCUGCAAUGGGGCCUCAUGUCGGCCGCCGCCAGACACGUCCUGGCAUUAGGUUAUCACCGAAGAGGGAAGUUGGCAGCGUUACCAACCCAAGAGGCGCGGCGAGCACGACGACUCUUCUGGCACGUAUACUUCGCAGACCGAGGACUGACCCUCACGCAAGGGAAAGCUCCGGUCAUACAAGACAUUGACGUCGACGUCGAACCUUUCGAAAUCAUUCAGACACCCGAGAGAAAACCCUGGGAUACCUCGUUUUCUGCCUUUAUCGAGUUCGGAAGAAUACAAUGCAAGAUCUACGAAAAGCUUUACUCUCCAGCAGCAUCCCGGUCGACAGACGAGGAGAGGCGGGCCGUGGCGGCUCAUCUUGCAAAGCGUUUGUCAACGUGGUACGAAUCAUGGCGCAGCGUCGACUAUACCCUUGCGUAUCGAAUAGAACUAUUUCAAUUCACAUUUGAUGCACUCGAGGUUGUCUAUUAUUCCAUCUUAACGCUCAUACAUCGCGGGGCAAGCAGCUCAAAUGCAGCCAGCGCCAUCACGGAGGAAUGCUUCGAGGCGGCCAGAAAAGGCUUGACUGCCCAUGCCACUGCGUACCCUCGGUCCGCAUCAGGAGGAUACGCUUCUCUAUUUACAUACGCCGUUUGGUAUGCUGCCAUUCCUCUCAAAAAGACAGACACGACACAGCUCUACUCCUCCUACACGCCAUACAUCAUCACCUUUCUCCACUGCAUCAGGAACUCGGACGCUCAAGAUCUAAACCUACUGCGCUCCUCCCUUGAGAUCAGCGAGCGCCUAAGCGGAUUGGUGGAAUCCUGCGAGAAGCAAUACGAGUUAUGCCGGGCGCUGUACCGCAUCGCAGAGGCUUACAUCAAGGCGAAGAAGGGGGUUGCAUGCAUAGCCGUGCCAGCGGAGACCACCAUCACCCUACCCCUGCAGCAACCUACCACGGAUGGCUGGCCCUGCUUCGAGUCGAAUCUGGAAGCGAACGCAUUUCCGGACCUCCACGUGGAUGACUGGAAUGGCUCUUACAUGGGGCAGAUGUCAUUUACUUUGGAGAACCACCUGGGAAAGGGCGGCCAUUAG